UAUAAUUAUAUAGGGUUUGUAUGUAUAUAUAUAGUUGCUGAUUCCAUGAUUGAAUUAAUAUGAGUGCAUGGACUGAAUAUAUUUGAGGAGUAUUGUAAUAAUUAUGCAAUGUAUAUCUAUUAUAGCGGCUUAAGCCGGACAUAUACAAGCUGCUAAAUUCAGCAAGGUUAUAUGUCUACUAUAAUUAUAUCCAUGCAUGCAGCGCACACACGCAUCUCCCGGGACUAUGCAAUGCAAAUUGAGCAUAGUCGGUGCAAUUAUAGAUGGGCAUAUAAUUGUAUACCCGUUCUCUUCCGGCACAUUGGGACGACAGGAAUCUGGGCUAUACUCAAGUUUUGUUCUGGAGUGUGUUUUGCAAUAGUUAUGAAGAAUCAAUCAGUGGGUGCAUAUAAUUAUGUUGCCCACAUAAUUAUCAUAAUUAGGGUAAUUAUCUACUGUAUGUACUGUGGUCAACACCCACUUAUUGAUUCAUGUCUAUAUACACUAGACAACUUAGCGAAGUAUGUAUAGGUAUUCACCUGGGACCAUGCCGGUGUUAAAAUAGAAUUGAGUGCAAUUGCAUGUCCAUGCAUGCACUUCUACAUGUAAAUCAUUAUGCCUCGAGGCGUAGCCGCACGAGAGAUACGGUAAAGCUGUCUGUGUGUGUGUGUGUGUGUGUAUUCCAGCUGUAACUGAUCAACGGUUGCAAUACAACAAAAACUGACAGCUUCUAUAGCCUUCUAGCCACGAUCUUGGAUUUUGAUUCGUGGAUUAGCAAACUAAAGCUUCUUUCUCGAGUUAUGGCUAGUGACUCACAUUGAAGGAUGUUGCAGUCUCUUCAGAAUCUUUUAUAGCACCAUCUGUUCGCACAAACUUUCUAUUCAACAUAAUAAGUUAGCCUUGCACUAAAGCGCUAGCUUUUUGUUAGCUACAAGAGUCAGAAAAAGAGCUGCUAAAGAAGCUAGUAGCCAUUCUUAAUUUCUUGUAACUUGCCGACACAUGCACCCCUUAUCCCUGCGCAUGCGCUCAUUACCACGUGUGAGAGACUCCAUUUUAACCCAGAUCCUGGCAGAAAUCAAUUCUUUUUGUGGUCCUGGUAAGCCACAAAACAAAAAAAAAUAUCUUUUUUUCCCACUCCUCAUAUUGCGGAUCAUCUGAUUACUGGGAGUCAUUAGUGCUUAGAGAACUGUUACAACCCUACAUGUACGAAACACCCGACGGAACGUACGCAUGUGACUACAAUCCAGCAGCUGACGACUUCAACAAAGUGCCCGGAUGGUCAACAGUUGAUAUCAAGACACCAAAGGAAUCACGUAUCAAGCCCUGGUAUGUGUACGCCCCAGAUAUUCCUGAUUUCGAAUUUGAUGAAGGCAUCAUUGGAUUUUACCUCUGUGAAAAUUGCCAAGACGGAGAUAACUUUCAUACUUGCCCUUACUCUGCACCAAAGAGAUUAAGGCUUGAUCUUAGCAUUGAUCCCGACAAUGAACAGUAGCUUUUUCACACACAGUGUUUCUCUCUGAUGUCAUAGUCACGUACACACAUUUACUUACCAUGCACACAUGCAUGUAAUUAUACCACAUAUACACACACUCACACACGCACACACACACACACACACACACACACACACACACACACACACACAUACACACACACACACACACACACAAACCAACAAACACGUACCACACAUGCAUACUCACAUGGACGCAUGCACACCCACACACAUACCUAAACAUGCGAGCAAUGUGCUCUAUUAUCACAUUAUUUUCAAUUUGUAUUAUUUGUUACGGUGUUUAAUGUUCAUUCAAUUUGCUACCACCUAUUUUGUCAAUUUGAAAUCAUAAUUAUUAAUACUUUUAAGCGAAAGCAAAAACAUGGCGAGAGGCAUUAGCACAGCGCCAGCUUGAACACUAGUUGUUACAGUAUUAAAAUUCGAUAUAGGAGGAUUGUUUCCAAUAGUAUGUUUUUAUUUGAACCAUCUUUACCUUAAUAUAAUAAACGACCAUUAAUUUACCUUCCAUGCAUGAUAUGAUGGACAGAACUGACCUGAUAUCAAGAUUUCCAGAUUCUGGAAACUUUCUGACAUUUUUGGAGGAGAAUCUGCUUCCCAACCGUCCUUGUGUGUUUGGAGAGUCCUUCACUAGAGGAUGGAAGGCACGGCAAGAAUGGAGGAAUGUCGGCGACACACCUAACAUAGACUUUUUGGAGGAACAUUUUGGACAUGUAGUAGUCCCUGUGGCUGAUUGCUCUUGUGUUGAAUUCUCUACUCACCGUAAAACUGAGAUGACGCUGAAGGAAUAUGCCCACUGGUGGAGGUCAAAUGCCAUUGCAUUCUAAAAAUUAGUGUGUCAUUCAGUAAGUACUGACAGUUUGUGGUAGUGUUGAGCUCAAGCUCAGUGUGCAGUAUAAAUGCUUCCAUGCUGCUAAACAGAAAAAAUCCUUUUCGCGGUCUUCUACUCUUUCAGCACCCAAUCUAGAACAGGUCUUCGUAAGACUGUUGGUGAUGAUUCCUAUUCUGCAAUUGAUUCAGUAGUUCAAUUUUUAUGGUACUUUGGAAAGGGAACUCAAGUUGAUCAUCGUAUUCUCCUUUCAUUAAGUAAGUACAUACUGAUGUGUUUGCACCUUAGCGCUCUAGAAAACCGUAUCCUUUGAUUUCGAUUAUUGUAUAUCGAAUGUGAAAUUCCUUCCUUUUUUCCUGAAAUUGUUCUUUUAAAUGUUAUCUGAUGAGCUUGUUUGGCAGUCAAAUUGACUGGUGCCCUUAAUACACUGCAUUCUUCUGUCCACCUUCUACACUGUGUCUGUACCGCCAGCAGGAUAUCCAUGGUGAUACGAAGGUGCAGCUUGUUGUUAUUCUCGUGAUCCUUGAGGUCUUUGCGACAUUGUACAACCAAAUUCUUUGUAUUCGCAUAUAAGCUUUUGAUAAGGGCAAAUACAAAUAUGUUCACUUUUAAUUAUCACAAUCUGAGGACACCUGCAUGGUUUUUACCUUGGGACAAAAAUGUCUAGUAUGCCAUGCAGUGAUAUCUUCAUAUUUCCCAUUCUCGUGGCAGUGAGGACACUCAAAUUGACUCUGUGGGCAUUCUGUUUUGAGAUGCCUUCUAAGAUCCUCGCAAUAAUUAUACUUCACAGACUUCCCAAAUUGUUGAAUUCUCAAUAUAUAGACCGCUUUCUAAUCUUUUGUUUGCAUUAAUUCGUUUGGGCAAAGUAGUUUUGUGUAAUUGCACGUUUUGAGGUGUUCUUUGAGAUAUCUGAGUUCUCCUACCCAGACACUCACUAUUCUGGCACUUCACCUUUAACUAUGGUCAUAUACCGUAUAGCGUGUAAUUUUCGUGGGGCAAAAUAUUCGUGGUUUUCGUGGUUGGAGGUCUGACCACGAAUAUUUUACCCACGAAUGAAGCGACCUUGCCUACCUUUACCUGCAGUGCAAGCUCCAACCACGAAAAUAUUACCCACGAAAUGUCUCAAUAUUGCUGAACCACGAAUAUUUUGUCCCCCGAAAAUUACCCGCUAUACGGUAGAUUGCAGUACAGGAUUGCGAUCUAGGUAAUGCAUCAUAUCCUUAUCUUUUGGCGGUCUAAGCGGAUGUCUCGUGCCUUGUCACGCUAGAAGUUGGGGGUCACGUGACUGCGGUUAGGUUUUGGGGGAGUACUGAGAGAGGGGCCCCCCUGUGAUUAGCAUUAAGUUAUAGUUGUGACACAUGCACGAGUGCCACAUGGGAUAUAUUGGCUCAGUAGUGACUUAGGCCCGAGGGCUGCAGGCCUUGAGGGCAAGUGCACUACUGAGCCAAUACCGUAUAGCGGGUAUAUUUCGAGGGUAUAAAAUGUUUGCGGUUUUCGCGGAUUGAGCCUGUACCGCAAAAAUUUAUACCCACGAAAAUUUUUAUCUUCAUUGAAUAGUAGGCGUGUUCAGAUUAUUGACCACACCUAUCGACAAUAAGAGGUGCCUCACCGUUAUAGGGCUAGGCCUGGAUUCGAGGCUAACGGUGUGGAGGUACAGCUGCAUGUUGAUGUGCGCAUGCGCCAAAAGGCUGGAACUCAGACCACGAAAAUAAAAUCCGCAAAAUCCUUUGUAAUGGUCCAUCCGCGAAAAUUUAUACCCUCGAAAUAUACCCGCGAUACGGUAUAUCCAAUGUGCGCACGAGUGAGCUGUGUAACAACUGAUUUGUUGCAUUCCUUGUGCAUUCCUUUCCGUGUACACAUCAUUCCUUUUAUAGGACAACUAGUUUCAACUACUUGUGGUGGCUGUGGAAUGCACGAGACGCACGAAAAACGUUUUCUGCCUACCACUGAAUCUGUUUAACAGUGUUAUACUAUAAAAGGGACCAUUUCAGGUUACUGGGAGGAGGGCAGGCUUUAGGUAACUUCAGCCAUACUAUGCCAGUAUCUAGAUAGUGGCACAGUUCAAGGCUUGACCUGUGCCAUAUGGCAGAUAUUGGCACAGUGUUUCCUUUGAUCUGCCCACUCAAAAUGCAACAAGCAUGUAAGUGUUUGGCCCUCAUUCAGGCCCCCAAACGGUAUCAACGUCGUCGGAUGGAAAAUAGGUCUUAACCUCCGUGAAUGGGAGGGUGGGAGGCUUAAGAUUGAGCAGCCAAUUUGUCUGUGGCUUGCUGAUAGCAGCUGUACUUUAGCACGUGGAACCAGGAUGCGCAUGUGCGGUAGGCAUGCAUGUGACCAGAAGCCACGCCUAUGCUUGUGUGCUUCGAGGUAAAGCCGCAGUUUAGUGUAUUUCUUCGUUAACUACGUUUAACUACAUUAAACUACAUUCAGUGACUAAAUGUCUCUUUCACCUGCAAGAGAUUAUACGUGAUGAAAAACUCAACGUUUUAAUACUUACAGUACACUGUAUAGCUCGUCUGCUCGUCUAUAUACACGUACUUCGAACAUCUCUGAAAGUCACAAUUUAAGUCUACGACAGUUUGGGCACUUGUUAAUUAUUAUUAUAGUACUGUAUACAUGCAGUAGAUUUCCCACAUCUCUUAAUUGUCUCCAUGCUUAACUACAUGUAUGCACACAGACAUAGUGAGCACUUGAGGUCAUCCGGAGGCUCUUGUAGUAGAAACUGGCAGUCUCAAAGCCACCAGGCAGAGGCACUCUAUAGAGAUCCAGAGCUAGAUGCCAUUUGGACAUACAUGAUCACUAGAUCUAUAAACUUUCGCUGAAAGACCUUUUAGAAAGAAAGGAUUUCACGGAUUUAAUUUUCGUUGCCUUUUGGCGCAUGCGAUAUAUUAAUAUUCAUGGGUAUCGCAGCACAUGCUUAAUCAGCGACAAAUACGAAAGUUUAUACCCUCGCAAUAAACUUUACCCUAUAUACGGUAGAUUUAUAGAUCUAUAGCAGAUUGAUACAUUCAGUUACGCGUACAUUGGUAGAUCUACUAUCCAGCUUGUAUUCUUUACAACAAUUAUAAAAUAACCUCACAAAGGAAAGGCACCGUACCGUAUAGUGAAAAGGGUAUAAACAUUUUGGAAUGACCGUUAGAAAAGUUUGCGCGGAAUACAUGUAGCCUUUAUGUAGCAUGCAUGCAUGCAUAUUGAAUUCAUGUUCACAGUGCAUGCAUGCUUAAUCAACGAAAACCGCUAACAUUUACACCUUCAUUUCACCUGGUAUUACAGGUAAUUUUUUGCGUGAUUUCGUU